UCUGUAUCGCUUUGGUUACUAUGGAGGCAGUUGGUUAGCUAGCUACGGUAAUGUUAGCCGUUAAAUUCCCACACACAGGACCGAGGAUCACAAACAGUCACAAAAAUCUUCACAAUGAAAAAGGGGGUUACCCAGAGGAUCUCACCAAGGAGAGGAGCCAAAGUAAGCUUAAGGAUGCAGAGUCUGGGCUCAUCACUGUUGGACCCUUACAGCCUUACUCCACAUCCCACCCGUUUACCUCUCCACCGGACAACCCACUCCAAGAUGGACAGUAAUCACCAGUUAGACAUUACUGAUGCGAAUGAAGAUUGGCUACUCACAGAGACUGUGGCCAUUGAAAGUAGAGAAGGACGAGUCUGGUCAAAACAUUCAGAUGAAGAGAGUAUCCAGGGAAUCAGAUAUAUCACAGAGGACCUGAUCUCGAGGCUGACCAAGCAGGACAAUUUAGCCUUUGUACGGUCCCUAAACCUGGCCGUAACAAAGAGUGGAGACAAGAAAUUCAAGUUCAUUGAGAAUUUGGAGAAGUGUGAGCACCUGCAGAUCCUCAACGUCAGCCAUAAUGUCAUUGAAAAAAUUGAGAAGCUUGAAAAGCUGCACAACUUGCGGGAACUACAUCUCUCUAACAACAUAAUCCAUAAAAUUGAGGGCCUAGAGCACAUGGCAAGUCUUCAGCUUUUAAAUCUCUCCAGCAAUGACAUUAAACAUGUGCCUCUAUGGCUGGCUAAGAAACUGACAUCACUCCAGACUUUAAACCUUCAACGUAACAAGAUCUCUUCUCUGCAUGAGCUGUCCAGACUAAAGCCUCUGAAAAACCUAACAGAGUUGACCUUGGCAGAGAACCCUAUAGCCUAUCUCCCCCAUUACCGUCUCUUCCUGGUUUUCCACCUGAGGUCACUUGAGACACUGGACGGGCAGCCUAUCAGCCAGGAAGAGAGAGAGCAGGCCCCCCAGCGCUUUCAAAUGGAGGAGAUUGAGCGUCUGGAGCAGGACCUAGAGUGUCGUGUGGCAGAGAUCGGGAAGCUGCAGAGUGAGCAGGUGGCUGCAGUGGAGGAGCUUGAGCAGCAGGAGGAGCUCAUUGACCAACUGCAGCUAAAGAGCCUGCAGCAACAGCACUGCCAGGCCCAGCAGGAGCAGGAGCUGGACACCAAGACAAAGCUGCUAUUUUCCCGGCCUCUAGUUGAUCCUUUCCUGAAGCCUCCUUCAUUGCCUGCUCCUCUACUGGAUGCUAUUUGUCAGCUGAAACAGAAAACGGUGGAGCUGACACGCGCAUGCCAGAAGCAGUAUGAGCUGGAGCAGGAGUUAGCCUUUCAGAAGAUCGACGCCAAGUUUGAACCAUAUCCCUAUUACCCAGACCAUGAGUUGGAGGCAGAGAGCUUGCUGGAGGAAAGCCCUUACAUUGGAAAGGCACGGCACAAAAGGAACGCGGUGGCCUCAGAUGGCAUCCAGAGUCAUCAGAUGCCAACUGCAGGCCACAUAGAGACAGACAACCCCAGGCAAGAUGUGGCCAAGAUGAUCAGCUCCAGAGACUGCAGCCAAGAACAGACGAAAGCCGAGGAGCGUCUGCAGCAGUUGCACAGGGAGAUCGAGGAGGCAGAGCAGCAGGUCCUCCGGGCCGGUGGAGAGCUUCGCCAGCUGCAGGAGACACUCUCCCAGAAACAGGUGUCCGAGGCAGAGAAAGAGCAACUAAGGCAGAAGCUCCACUGGAGGAUCCAGCAAGUGAGGCAGCUGAGAGAUGAGGCGGAGGCUCUGGAGGGCCAGCUGGAGAUACAGAGCGGGGAAAUGGACCGAACCCAGGGAGAGCUGGGCCACCUCCAGGACCUACUCCACACACUGGACCCCAGGGACCCCCAGCAUGCCCAUGUGAAGGCUCAGGUGUCCAGUAAGAGCCAGCUGCUGGACAUGAUGAGCAGGAAGCACCGGGAGCUGGAAGGCCGGCUGGACGACAUGCUCUCCCGUAUCGCCAAGGAGACUGAGGAGAUCAAGGACCUGGAGCAGCAGCUGACCGACGGUCAGAUAGCAGCCAACGAGGCUCUGAAGAGGGACCUGGAGGAUAUAAUCUCUGGCCUGCAGGAAUACCUGAGCGGGGUGAAGGAGCAGGCCCGGCGUGCCCAGGCAGACUGCCACCACCUGCAGAGGGAGAUGGAGGCCCUGCAGCGCUACCUGGAUGAGAGCCAGGAGCAGUGCCGCCUGCUGGAGACGAUCGCCACCACCACUGAUACAGAGAAAGCACAGCAGCAGCAGGAGCUGGACGCGCUGAGGAGGGAGAACGCUGAACUGCGGCUGGCGCAGGGUCAGAUCAGCGCCUACGAAGUGGAACUGGAGAGCCAGCUGCAGGAGCGCCAAACUGAGGCGGGCCAGCUAAAGGAGGAGCUGGGGCGAAUGUACAGGCUUAGCCAGUUGGAGCACGCUGCCCUGCAGGCGGCGCUGGACAAGGAAAGGCAGUCCAAGGACAAUGCCCAGGCCCGACUGCAGCUGGUUGCAGAGAGGGAGCAGCAGAGUGAGGAGCUCCUGGAACAGCUCACUGCUCUACAGAAGGACAAGGCCAGUCUGGAGGAGUGUGUGGGUGCUCUGCAGAGUUCUAUAGAGCAGGCCAGGGAAACAUUGCUAUGCCCACAGGAGGUGCAGAGGCAUCUUGAGCAGAUGAUAAGGACCUCAGGGCAGCCUGGCCACAUCAGCAGGAUGAGCAGUGAACGGGGCAUGGUGGGCCGCAACUUGGAGCGGCUGCAGCGUGAGGUGCUGGGAGUGGUGUCUGCUGCCCAAACAGACCGGGACCAAGCCCAGCAGGGCCAGGCUCGACUCAGUCAGAAGCUGGCCUCCCUCCGAGAGCAACACAAGGCAGCCUGCCAGGCUGCAGCACAGGCCACGCAGGCAGCAAAGAACCUCGGUGAGGAGGAGAUACUCCAGCUCCAGGAGGAACUGCAGGAGGCACGAGAACUCCAGAAACUGACGGGCCAGCGGUUCCAGGAGGCUGAGGACGAGCAAGAGCUUUUGCUCGCUGAGCUGGAGGAACAAGACAAACAGAUGGAAGUGGGCGAGUGCCACACCCAGCAGCAGCUGCAGUCUCUGGACUUGGAGCUGCUGGAGCUAAGAAGCUCCUUCACAACGGCAGACAAGAUGUCCGCCCAGCAGUUGAGAGCCGCCAAAGAGCAGCUCCGCUCCUUACAUACCAUCGUGGAGCAAAUCAACCAGGAGAGGGAUGAGGAUGCGGAGGAGCUGGAGGGGUCUAGGGUUCUAGCAGCCGAGAUCACUCAGAACCUGACCAAAGCCGAGGCUGAGAUCCAGCUGCUGCAAAAGCUACUGAAAAAGCUACUGAAGUACAGGAUGCAUUUGAUGGACCAAAAUAGCCUGGGGGGUAUUUCAGACAACAGCAUCCAACAGCAGGAGCUGGAUCGACUGAAAUGGGCCUUGACCAGACAAGAGGCCCAGACUAAGCAACUGCGGGAGCAGCUCGCCCUGGCUAGAGAGAAGAACAGCGGGAACCUGAAGGAGCUUAUGGGGGAGGUGUGUGCUCUCAGGGAAAACCUGGUCCAGCAGAACCAGGUCUUAUCCAGCCUCAGAGAUCCUCACAGGACCAGGGGUCACUGGUACUAUGUCCCAUCAUCCACAAAUGCUCACAGUUUAGGUACUCAGGGCACUCAGGAUUCAGGUCUAGGGUCGCAGUAUCCUACCUCGCCUGGCAGGGGGCACCGCAACAGCAGGCGCAGGGGGGUCAGCAGGGAUAGAGGUCCCCAGCCUGGAGGGGGAUACUGGGUCUACUCCCCUCCGGUGCACAUAUCCUCACACACUUACAAAGGAAGAGGUGAGGCGAGGGACAGUGGUAGUGAGAGCGAUGUGGUAGACUGCAUCUCCUCUGGGAUGGGGACUGGGGAUCAAUUCAGCCAUCCCCCUGGCUCGGCCAUCUACACCAUGCUGCCCGACGGUUCGCCCCUGCCCCCUGGCUCUGUGGUCUAUGCCUCCCCUGCGGCCAGUCUGGCAUUCAGUCCCGGGACGGUCAUCUACGGGUCUCCACCACAGGGGGCCCACCUGGUCUAUGGCCCCAGCAGCCUCUCUGGGCCCUUGCUCGGCGUCAGCUUCCCCACCGGGGUGCUCCACUGCAACAUGCCGGGGCACAAGGAGAUGGAGAGGGAGCUGGCCAGGCUGGAGCAGCUGGUGGAGGAACAGCCACGUGGCAGCCAGGGCCCAGGGGAGGAGGAGAGGCAGGCCCAUGUGGAGAGGGAUGUGCUCAGGCACCAGGAUCAGCGCACACAGCUCAGACUGGAGCUCAGAGAGCUCCGGAGAGCCUUAAGCCAACUUCGCCGCCGAAGGGAGAUGCUGGAGGGCCGAGGGGGGUCAGAGGUUGUGGAGGAGUCCCUGCGGCACCACGGGGCUCUGCUGGAUGAGGUAGAAUGUUUGGAGAAGACCCUGCUCCGCCGCAGGGCUGAACUCAGGGAGGCAGACCGACUGCUGCUGGAGGCACAGAGCAGCUUGAAGGACACAAGGACCAAGACUAAAGCGACUCUCCAGCAACACACUGAGGCCCGGAAGCGGCUCGCCGACACAGAGCGGGAUCUGGAGGAGCUGGAACUCCGCGCUCGGGACAGCGCCUCUUUGCUGGUGGAGGCCAAACAGCAUCUCAGGGAUCUGCAGGAGGAUCUCCAGGAGCUGAGGAGACUCAAGGAAGAGCAGGGAGACGCUCUGCAGAGGGUGGAGGAGGUGGUGGCUGCCCGCGACCUGGUGUUCCAAGAGGUCAACAAGAAGGUGAAACGAGCCAGUAAGCGACUGGAGGCCCUCCAGAGCCAGAUUCAGGAGACCCAGAGCAAGGAGGCCACACUGCUGGAAACCUGCAAACAGUCUGAGAGCACCCUCGCCCAACGCAGGAGCGAGCUAGAGCAACUUAACAUUCAGGUGCUGCGUGGGGGUGUAGAGGCGCUCCAUGUCCAGAAGGGUGAGCUGGAGGCACAGCUGACUGAGAGGAGGGCUAGCGUGGCUGCAUUCAAACAGCAGGGAGGUCAGGAGGAGGAGAUCCUACAAAAUGUCCACUUACAGAUCAACAAGCACAAAGCAGAGCUGAAGCACGUUCUGGAGAUGUUGCAGGUGACGGGCCAGGAGCUGCAGGCGGUGAAGCUGCAGCACGACCAGCACCUGGACCAGCUGGAGAGGAAUCAGGAGAGCCUGCAGCAGGUGCGCGUGGAGCUGCAGGUGCUGCAGCAGGAGGCAUUGCGCCAGAAGUCUGAGGGCGAGCGCCAGAUGAGGCUGGCGGAGCAGGACCGGACGGAGCUGAGAGAGGAGGCGCAGGGAGUCCGGGAGCAAGCGGAGGAGGCCGCCAGGGAGAGGAACAGGCUGGAGGAGCAAUGCCGGAACCUGGAGGCCAGACGGACACACGCCGACCGGUGUUUGGAGGCAGCGGAGGACGGGGCGCGGGUGGCUGAUGCUGAGCUGAACAGGCUGCAUGCAGAGCUGGGCCAGCUGAGACAGGAGCAGAGACAGGCUCACACACACAGGCAGAAGAUGGAACGAGACACGGCAGCCACUCAGCAACAGCUAUACCGGGAGUCUGAGAUCUUCAGGGGUCAAAAGGAGCAGGUGGAAGAGCAAAAACGGCAAUUAGAGAUGCUGGAGGAGGAGGUGCGAGUGUUGAUCAUGGCCCGGGACAGUGUGGCGUGGGAGGAGCAGGAGGCGAGGAAGCAGCUGGAGGAGGAUGAACGAAGAGCUGAGCAGCUGGAGUACCGGCUGAUGGAGCUGCACACGGACCUGGCUGAGAGGCAGACUCAACUACAAUGUGCGCGGGGGCUGCAAUGUGAGGCCAAAGAGCGUGAGGAGAGGCAGCGGCAGAGGCUCCAGGAACUGCAGGCCCAGAGCCAGGUUGAGGAGAGCUCUCUGGCCCAGCACACACUCAGACUGGAGCAGGUCAACACUGCAGUGGCCGACAUGGAGGACAGGAGCCGGCGAGUAGUGACCAGGGACCACAAGCAGUGUGCCGUCCUGCAAGAGCACGUGCCUCUGCUUGGGCAGGAGUUGUGUGAGAGGGAGGCCCAGCUGCAGGAGCGGGCUGAGGAGCUGCUUACGCUGCAGGAGGAGCUGGGGGCGUGUCGGGCGGAGGUGCAGUGUAUGCAGGAGGAGAGGAGGAGUGCCGAGAGCAGGCUGCAGGCCCAGAAGAGCUGCGAGCAUGCCCACCAAGAGAAACCAAAGGAGACAGAGCAGCUGCGCAGUCAAGAGGGGGGCGAGAGCCGCCUGAGGGAGAUCAAGGAAGCCAUGCGUUGGCUGAAGACUGACGUCAAGGCAGAGCUGAACAGCGGGAUGGUAGAGCUGCCCCUCGCGCCUGACCAAGAUCCCUCCUCCUCAGACACUGACGAUCACAAAGAGAACUACCCCCUCUACUCAACCCCAGCCGUGCCUAGGCUAGCCUGCAAUCCUACUGAUGAGCAGUGGAGGGGAGAGGUGCUAAGAGAGAGACUUCGACAGCAGGAGGACCUCCUGAAGGCUCAGCUCGGCAGACGCAUGUGGUCUCAGGAAGAGUUUCUGAGCCAGCGCAGGCAGCAGACCGAGGGGAGUCUAUUGGGGCUGAGCAGACGAGUGGACAAGCUGGGCCAACUGCUCGGCAACUGCACCUCGGACUCCCUCUCUCUGAGCUCCUCUGAGCCCCCACUUAAACAAGGCUGUCCAGAUGCUCCAGAGAAAUGGGGUCUCCAGGAGAGUGCGCAGGCGGAGGUGUCCCACAAACCUGUGAGACUGGAUCCUACACUACUUGAGAAGUAGCCAGGCCCCAGGCUGCGUCCAGGCCUCUGACAGCCUCCCAGCCUCAGUGUAGGGUGAAGUUGCCCCUAGAUGCUGAUAUUGGGUCUUCUUUGCAUUUCCCCACUAAUGGUUAAGGUUAGGAUUGGGGGAGGGAAGCUGAUCCUAGAUCACUGCCUAGGGGAAACUUCACCUUAGAGCGUGAACAGUCAUCCUUUCUGUUUGGUGUGGCAUGCCUCAACAUGAUCCACCAUCACAGCAAUAUUUACCCAGGGUGAAGAGGAACGGUCUCUCAUCCAUCCAAAGUGCACUUACUUGGCCUGUCAGCAGGAUCAUCAAGCAAUAUAUAUUUUUUUAAAUGAAUAUAUAUAUAAAACUAUGCAUUUGUGUGGCUUAAGUAUUGUAUCCUUAACAUAGUUUCCACUACCUCAACUAGUUUGAGAAGUUUUUUGGGCAAAUUUAAUUACAUUUUUGCCUAUGAAUAUGCUUGUUUUUGUAUGAUAUAUUGGUAUAUUUUUUUACUUUUCAAUAUCAAUGUCUCAUUUAUUUACAAGCUUUCCAGUCACGGUAGCAUUUAAUUCCUAGCAUCCGGCUAAUGCAUGAAAAUUCUGUUUGUUACAAUCAAUAUGUUUUGUGGACUUCACUAGACAUAUGUUGCUCUCCGGUUUUGUGAUUAAACAAAGGUGUGGUUGAA